CAGCUUGGAGUCUGUGUGAAUGAAUCUGUCUCUUGUCCCUCCAGGCCAAUAACAUCAGUGUAACAUCAUUUUGUGUGAGUGUAUACAUAGGUAGUAUCUGUGUUAGCUGCUGAUGACUGGACCUACAUCAUGUAGCUAUAAAAACAUUGAUAUCAAAAGAUUCAGGGCAUAGAAUUCAAUGUCACCAUUUGCCAAUAACUGUACCUGUAGAAAGGUGUAGGUUGAUCCUAGAAUGGAAACUAACUCAGGUAUACAUUCGGAGGUUUUGACUUACAAUAUUCAUUAGAUAUUCCGAGGGCAGUGCCAGGUUUUAUGAACUGUACCUAAAUUUUCCAUCCUCUGAUACCAGGAACAACUGGAUUUAAAGUACAAUCUACAUUAGGACCUGUGAAUGGCAGGUAUACUGGAUGUAAAUACCUGAGAUGGCCAACAUUAUGGAUUCUUUGGUCUGAACCCUGCAAUCCAGGGUCUGGAUUUAAAUAUCAUCUUUAUAUGACCAGUGAAUAGCAAGUUACUGGAUUUUGAUUCCUGAGUCAUCUGAUAUUGUGGAUUCUGAGGUCUUGCACAGAUUCUGAGACCAAGACCUGAAGUAUCGAUUCUGUGUUUUUUAUCCUGCAUUAUACAUAUGAGACCUGGAUUCAAAGUACCCUUGAUUCUUGGACCAGUAGAUGGGAUUUUAAUGCCUGAAAUGAUUUUUAUUGUGGAUUCUAAUGUCUGACCCAGAUUUUGAGACCUUGACCUAAUUCAAACUAUGGAUUUGAGGUUCUGAGAAAUGUACCUGCUUAAUUAUGAGCUUCUAAUAUAAUAACUUUUUAUUCGUCAAUAAAGUAUAUUUGUAUUCGGAUGCCUGGACAUGUUAAACUCAUUCACUGUUGGCCUGACCUUACCUGUUUGGUUAGACAAAGCACACAGUAGUAAGUAGACCUCCACUACAGUAGUGUGGGUGAGAAAUAUGACCAGUUUCAUUGGUUGUGACAAUACUAAUAUUCAAUUGAUAUUAUUGAUGUCAUUUUGUUGAUGAUGAUUAUUGCUGCUGCAGGAUUAUAUUGUGUAACCACAGGCUUGGUCAGUAGACCAGACCAACUCGGGGAUAAGGAUAAUUAUUGACCAGGGAAUGACCUGUGUUAAUCCCACUGGUCAGUUUAUUGACGUGUGUGAUAAACAUUAGCUGUGUGUUCUGUCAAGACAAUGUUAACUAGGACAGGAACUUGAUGCACUUCACUGUACCAUUCAUUCUGGAAAGUGUAUAUGUACAUGUAGCCUGUUGACUGGAUGAUAGAAGUGGAAGGGGUAUGACUUGUUGUAUUUCCUAAUGGGAAGGAAGUGAAAACAAUAAGGCAGCAAAAGUUGUGUGUCAAUUGAGAGUUUUUGUGGAGUAGAAAUAUAUGAUCCAGCUUAAAUGUUUAUAUUGUGACAUAUAUGAAUCCUCGUUAGCACCAUAAUAUCACAGACCUUACAAGGUCUGUCGCUGAAGUUAGCUCAGGAAAAAGUCAUGUCUUUGUUUCAUCCAAAUAACAUUGACAAUAGAAGCUUACGUCCGCGAAAAGUCAUCAAAUUGCAAUCGUUGGAGAAAAGAAAAGGAUUAAGUCAAUCUGUGUCUUUUAUCAAUCGUCUUCGUAACUUGUGGACGAAGGAUGGAGGCUGUCCAGACAGACCUGACAGGAAUGGUUGUAGUAAUUGUGAUGCUGGGCAAAAUUGUAGAUCAGAAGAUCAGAGAUGUUCAACACUCCCACCCAGUACAAGGCUAGGAAUAGUCCAUGAAAACCUUCGGAUCACAUCCGAUGGUGAGAGUGAGGAGAUCUCUGGAACUUCAAGUGAGCGAGAAGACAUGGUGUCCCCUGUCAAACUCCGGCAUCGACAAAGACGAUACAACCAGGAAGUCACUAAACGACUGUCGUUACCUGCUGACAUGCGCCUACCUGGACAUUUCCUGGCCAGACAGAGCCUCAGUCCUGAGGGACAGCUGAGUAGGCGUUCCAGACGUAAAUCUCUGUCUGAAAUAGGAUUUGGAAAAAUAGAAUCUUAUACAAAGUUAGAUAAACUUGGAGAGGGUACCUAUGCCACAGUGUUCAAGGGCAGAAGCCUACUGACUGACAACUUGGUCGCUCUCAAGGAAAUCCGGCUGGAGCACGAGGAAGGGGCCCCUUGUACUGCUAUACGUGAAGUGUCGCUACUCAGGGAGCUGAAGCACAGUAACAUCGUGACCCUACAUGACAUCAUCCACACGGAAAAGUCUCUCACGCUAGUCUUUGAAUACCUGGAAAAAGAUCUCAAACAGUACAUGGAUGACUGUGGAAACAUUAUGAGCAUGACAAAUGCUAAGAUAUUUUUGUUCCAAUUAUUACGAGGCUUAGCCUAUUGUCAUAAAAGGCAAGUUCUACAUCGGGACCUGAAACCUCAGAAUCUUCUUAUAAAUGAGAGAGGAGAACUCAAAUUGGCCGACUUUGGCCUAGCCAGGGCCAAGUCAAUACCUACCAAGACAUAUUCAAAUGAAGUGGUCACUUUAUGGUAUCGUCCUCCUGAUGUUUUACUGGGAUCAACAGAAUAUUCCACCUCCAUUGAUAUGUGGGGUGUUGGUUGUAUAUUUUACGAGAUGGCCUGUGGCAGGCCCCUGUUCCCUGGCUCUACUGUGGAGGAUGAACUACAUUAUAUAUUUAAGAUCCUGGGCACACCUGUAGAAGAAACGUUCCCAGGAAUCACUAAAAAUGAGGACUUCCUGUCUUAUAACUUUCCCCACUAUGACCCAGAGCCGCUCAUUAAUGUGGCUCCCAGGUUGGAUGGUGAUGGUUUAGAUCUCUUAGCAAAACUACUCAAGUUUGAGGCCAAGUCAAGAUAUUCUGCAGCAGAUGGCACCAAAUGUCCCUUCUUUAACUCCCUCGGGCCAAGUGUACAUCGCCUACCUGACACUGUAUCAAUAUUUACGAUACCUGGGAUAGUGCUACAUAGAGAUCCAGGCAUGAGAUCAUCAUCAUUAGCAUCUACAGGUAAAAUCAGAAGACAGAGUAUGCUGUUUUAAGUGUUGUGAAAGGACCAGUGAUAGCCGUCAGGCCAACAAUUACCGAGUCGUCAUGGUGAUACCCGUCUGUAUACUGACAACUAGUGAUAGCCGCCAGGUUGCCGACUAAUGAGUUAUGGUGAUAGCCAUCUGUAUAUUGACAACUAGUGAUAGCCGUUUAGCCAACAAUUACCAAGUCGUCAUGGUGAUAGCCCUCUGUAUAUUGACAACUAUUGAUAACUGCUAGGCCACAGACUACUGAGUCGUCAUUGUGAGAGCCCUUGGUAUAUUUACAGCUGGUGGUAGCUGCCAGGCCACUGACUAUGGAGUCGUCAUGGUACAAACUAGUAGUGAUAGCCACAUGUAUAGUGACAACUAAUGAUGGCCACCAGGCCACUGACUACAGUCGUCAUAGUACCAGCAGUAGUGAUAGCCACAUGUAUAGUGACAACUAAUGAUGGCCACCAAGCCACUGACUACAGUCGUCAUAGUACCAGCAGUAGUGAUAGUCACUUGUAUAGCGACAACUCAUCAGGUUGUAGACCACUUGCAGUAAUAGUUAUCAAUGUACUGUUCUACGGUAGUAGCCAUCACCUAGUGUCCUAUACUAAAUGGUGGUCGCUAUAUACCUCCUUCAGCAGAGAUCUAUAAUGGAAUCAUUUUCUGAUAAUUGUGUGACAGGAAACAUGGUUUAGCUAUCAUUGUGACCACUUCUUGACCAGCAUAUUGAACUGGUGACACUCAAUGUCUAUACAUGUAAUGUCUUUAUGUGUCCAGGGCCAUGUGUGUAAACAAAGUGUGGCCCUGUAUAUGUAUACACUGUGGGUCCUACAUACACUACGUGGCCCUACACAUGUAUACAUUUGGCCCGUAUGAGGCUAAUCCUGUCAUUUUGUCAAGUAUUGUGCAUUUUUGUGCUUCAUGUAUCGAUUGAUGUCCUGUCCCUUGAAACCACAAAGCAUUUAAUUGUAUCGCCUGUGUGAGGAGAUUAUCUCAUCUGUGAUUGUAUACGAUUGUAUUGUAGACCAAUUGUGGGCUUAAUCAACGGACACUGACCAAAUGGUGCUAUAUGUAGUCAGGCUGCCAUUGGACACAGUAGAUAGCUGUACCCAGACAUUAUACCCAUCUGUAUAUAUCACUAUAUGCACCUCACAUCUUCUGUUGCUUGUGUGGGACUUUAUUGUACUGUACAUCUCAUGGAAAAGGGAACAGCAAUGUAGCUAUUGUACAGUACAUUAUGUACAAUCUAAUGGGAAAGGGCCAGCAUAGAAAUUCUUGUUCUGCACAUUCUUAUGAAAAGAAACAAAAUUGAAACUGUUGCACUGCACAUUCUAAUGGGAAGGGGACUGAAAUGAAAUUAUUGUACUGUACAUUCUAAUGGGAAGGUGCCAACAUAGAAAUUAUUGUACUGCACAUUCUUAUGGAAAGAAACUACAAUGAAUGUAUUGAACUGCACAUUCUAAUGGGAGGGAAACAAAAAUUAAACUGUUGUACUAUACAUUCUUAUGAGAAGAGGACUGAAAUGAAACUAUUGCACUGUACAUUUGACAGAAAUGAAACUAUUGUAUUAUACAUUUUAAUUGGAAAGGGACAGAAAUGACACUAUUGUACUGUACAUUUUAAUGGGAAGGGAGGGGGUAGAUGCGAAACUAUUGCAUUAUACAUUCUAAUGGGAAGGGGAUAAACAAAACUUUUGUACUGCACAUCCUACAUACUGUAGGAAAAAGUACAUGUAUUGUAAAGAUGAAGGGGGAAACCGAUAGAAUAGCACUAUAUUGUGUGACUCAUUGUAAGGGGAAUGGGGUGGAAAUGGGCUAGUGUAAUUCUACAUUGCAGUGGUCCUAAGUGGCAUUAUAUGGCCUAAUACUCCAUCUCUGUUGUUCAUUGUGUUUCAUGCUGAUAUUGUGAUGAUACAUGUGAUACCAUGUAUGUAUUUGUUCUGCUAUGCACAGUGGCCACAUUGUUAGCCAUUGUAACACUUGGUCGUGUCUAACAGCCUAUUAAAUACUAUUUAUUGUUGUACAAUCUGUCCACUGUAACUUUAUCUUACAUCACAAGAGAAUUUAAAAAAAAAACAUUUAUCAGUGGAAAGUGUAACAAUGGAUGUCUGUGGUAUUGUAUUAAUGUGAUGGUUGUUCUAGAGAGACUUUACAAAUCAAAAACGCUUUUCCUACACCUGUUUGAAACACCUGCCUAAUUUUGUAUGUGUUUUUUGUACCAUGCCCAUCCUUUUUUUUUAUGUUAUAUUUUUAAAUUAGGGCAUACAUGGUCUGAAAAUUCACUUAAAAACUUUUCAUAUCACUAUUCAACAUUCUGUUUUGCAUCAAACAACACUUGUGCUUUUAUUAUCUUUUUUUUUUUUAAGAAUUCUUAGAAAUAAUGUUGCUAAAAGGUCCUUUUUGCCCCUGUAUGUUACCAAGAUUUUAUCCUUUCACAUACUAUUCCUGUUUAUAAGGGGGUAUUUAUUGACACUCUUGGUCUAUGUAUUGUUUAUGCUUCCAUGCAACACAAUUUACACAUUGGCCACUGAAUAACAAUCAAUACAAUUUCCUUCUUGAUGGACAUGUCUGGAAAUAAAGCCUAAUGAAUUAUCUCCCUUUGGUUAGCCCCCCCCCGCGUUCACAGAAUGAUGUGCAUUUGAUUCAGUUAUAUAAUAGUGGUGGAUCACUUUCCCUUUAACCUUCCUAUGAAGAGUGAUCUCCCUUUUAAAGUAUUGACGGUACUGGCCGUUUCCCCGUACAAACUAAUGAGAUAUAAUUCCCCUAACAAAAGUGUUGAUCAUGCGCAGCAGUUCAAAGGACCAAGAUUAUCUCAGGAUGCCGGACAUUUAACUGUCACAUGUGUGUAAAUAAUGUCAGGAUCACAUCACCAUACUGCAAGAUAUCAUAAAUUAGGUGUAGUAAUUCACAUAAUACUUGAGAUGUACAUUUGUGCCAAUGGUGAAUAUGAUAUAAUGCAUGUUUUGUAGUGUGAAUGUAGUCUUAUAUGUACAUUUUUCAUUUAAUUUGUGUUAGAAGUGCUAUUGUAUCAACUUGUGUAAUAUGAGGAAUCUCAUUUGCCAUAAGAGACACCUCAUUCAUUUGUCUCAAUUGUAUCCUGCUACCAAGCAUGUGUCUCAUAAUAUUAGCUAUCGGUAACGAUUUGCUGUCCUAGGACAGGCCACAGUGGUGUCCUAAAAAUGUCGGGUCAUAAAUGGUCAUCUAGAUAAUGCAUAUACAGAGUCAAAACUAUUGUUAAGACACUUGUAGAUUGGCACCUCCUGGUCAACAUUCAGUUAAUUUGGGUGCCAUGGAGAUAAUCCCGACAAUGGUCAAUCUACUGUGGUGGCCUUACCUCUUAAUGCCCAGUCUGUUGAGGUGGCCGGGAGAGGAUCACAGGAAGGGAUGUAUCAUCAGGUGGUUCUAGCAUGGGUCAAUUCUGAUGAGAUGCUCUAGGCCAGGACCAGUUUAUAAACACAUCCUCUGUGUUCUAGUGAUGGCCCUGUCUAUUGUCCAAAUCUGUACUAACCUAGCUUAUGAAAUUUGCUCGGCGGUUUAGGAGUACCAGGCUUAGGUGUGUUUGUAUUAUACAUCUCUGACGUAGAUUAAGACUUAUAGCUUUAGACAGUGCAUGAUAUAUAUGUAUAGUUAUGUUACCUUGUAAUUUAUUUAUAAUUGCUACAUGCUCUAAUUUAUUGAAAAAUCACCCAAGCUUAAUCCUAGCUGAUCACCUGAUAAAUACAUGUACAACAUAGCUCCAAAUUACAUGUAUGCUACACACAGUUGUAUGAGGAAAACAUUGAACUAAAUACAAGGUCAUAGAUACCCAUGGAGGUCAUUUUAAAAUAUGUUAAGCUGUCAAGCUCUAUAAUUUAGUAGAACUUUGGAUAAGGUUAUACAAAUAUGAUUUCAAAAUGGUAUGUUUAAGGAGAUGAAGGGUAACAACAAUCCAAAAAUGUUUGUCAAUGUUCUACUGAGUUUACAUUCUAUAUCAACUAUAUGACACAGAUUAGAAAUAAUUAUAUCUCAUACUGACAACAGAUAUUAGAUGUAAGUUCAUCUAUGAACACAAUUAUAUUCUAUCAUGAAUAAUGUACAACAAAAUGCUUUCAUAACCGAUUAGUAUGUACACAUUUUAACAUACAUAUACUUUACAAUGAUCAGCUUGAUAUCUACUGUUAACAUACAUAUACCUUACAAUGAUCAGCUUGAGGUCUGCUGUAGCAAAUGUUUUAACCUAGCAGCAUUCGAAGUCCUCAUAUUCAUUUGCUUCAUUUUUUUGUUUCCUGUUUCAUUAAAUAUUUCUCAACUUUAGGAAAUUCUUUUACUUAAAAUUUUCUAUAGCAAAGAAUUACGUCAUUUAACGUAAGGAAUCUUCCUUAAAUUAUAUAAUGCUUGUGUGUGGAAAAUUUUAAGUUGAGGAUUUUUGAUGAAACUGGAUCCAGUUCACGAGUUGAAAUGAUUCUUUUGUUGUCAUUUUGUUUACAAACUUAUUUGAAUUGUUCUUUUAAACGCUUCAGAAGUAUGCUUUACUUACAGACUUACUUUGCUAACUUUUGUUAAAGUACAUGUAGCCAAACUAACGGUGUAAUUGAUACAUUUUUUUCACAUUUGUCCAAUUUCCUUGCUGCAUAUGAAAGCUGUAAUCUAUUUAACAGAAGAAGAUAUACACCUUUACACACUGAUCAUGCUACAGUGUUUACAGCAUGUGAAUUAGUGCUUACAAUAGCUACAUAGUCUAGUAGUGUGUCGGUUUACAUUAAUCAUGCUGUACCUAUACUCACUUGAUCACUCUUUGGUCCUGUUGUUCUCACACACUUUGGCUGUGUUGUGUUUACACCCUUUGACUGUUAAUACACUUUGGUCGUGUGGUGUUUACACUCUUUGGCCAUGUGGUGUUUACACUCUUUAGCCAUGUAGUGUUUACACUCUUUAGCCAUGUUGUGUUAACACUCUUGGACCAUGCAGUGUUUACACUCUUUGGUUGUGUUGUGUUUACACUCUUUGGCCAUGUGGUGUUUACACUCUUUGGUCAUGUGGUGUUUACACUCUUUAGCCAUGUGGUGUUUACACUCUUUGGCCAUGUGGUGUCUACACUCUUUGGAUGUGUUGUGUUUACACUCUUUGGCCAUGCAGUGUUUACACUCUUUAGCCAUGUUGUGUUUACACUCUUUGACCAUGCAGUGUUUACACUCUUUUGAUGUGUUGUGUUUACACUCUUUGGCCAUGCAGUGUUUACACUCUUUGGCCAUGUGGUGUUUUACACUCUUUGGCCAUGUGGUGUUUGCACUCUUUAGCCAUGUGGUGUUUACACUCUUUGGCCAUGUGGUGUUUACACUCUUUGUCCAUGUGGUGUUUACACUCUUUGAUCACGUGGUGUUUACACUCUUUGAUCACAUGGUGUUUACACUAUUUGGCUGUGGGUUGAUUACACCCUUGUUGUGUUUACACUCUUUGAUCACAUGGUGUUUACACUCUUUGGCUGUGGGUUGAUUACACCCUUGUUGUGUUUACACUCUUUUGCUGGCUGUGUUUACACCUUUUGGCUGUCUUGUGUUUGCACCCUUUUGGCUAUGUGGUCAGUGGUGUUUACACCCUUUCAUUAUGUAGUGUUUGCAGUCUUUUGCUGCCUGAGAUCAUUGAUUACAUUUUAGGGUUUACAUUUGCAUAUUAUAUGCAUGAUAUGUUGUACAAAAUUGAUGUAGGAUAUGAUACUCCAUUGUCUAUGUUCCACUUUCAUUUUUGAACUAUCAAUCAUAUCCAUUUCUCUGAUAUGUUACGCUGAAGAAAAUCAUGCCUCAAAGAUAAAAUUUUACCAGUAAACCUCUCUGUGUUCCAAGUAGGUAUGACUUCACUAGUAAAUAUCUUUGUUCCCUGUAGGUAUAGUUUCACCAUCAAUCUAUAUUUUAUUGUUGUGUUUAUCCCAGUAAAUCAAGCUUGGAUUCCAUGGGUAAUGUUCCACACAGAUAAAACUGACUCUGUUUCCUUGGUAAUUUUUCACCAGUAAAACUGUUGUGUUCCCCAGGUAACGUUCUGCCAGUAAAGUCUCAGUAAUAUAUCGCCAGUAGAACUGUCUAAAAUUCAUCUACAUUUAUUAUGGCCAUGUUUAAUUAAUCAAAUGAUUUUUGUGUACAUGUACAUUCUAUAAUCUUGUGAGCUUUAAUAUGUGUAGCUGUACGUAAACUUGAUUAUGGCAAACAUUCUCUGACUGUAAUUGUUGUGUCCAAUCUACACCUGUUAUUGACAGUGAUGGGACAAUGUAGUUUGGCACUAUGGGUCGCUGAGUAACCUAUCUGUCUGACAUGUUACUAUGGGUCGCUGAGUAACCUUUCAGUCUGACAUGUUACUAUGGGUUAUUGAGUAACCUAUCUGUCUGACAUGUUACUAUGGGUCGCUGAGUAACCUAUCUGUCUGACAUGUUACUAUGGGUCGCUGAGUAACCUUUCAGUCUGACAUGUUACUAUGGGUUAUUGAGUAACCUAUCUGUCUGACAUGUUACUAUGUGUCACUGAGUAACCUUUCAGUCUGACAUGUUACUAUGUGUCACUGAGUAACCUAUCUGUCUGACAUGUUACUAUGGGUCACUGAGUAACCUAUCAGUCUGACAUGUUACUAUGGGUUAUUGAGUAACCUAUCUGUCUGACAUGUUACUAUGUGUCACUGAGUAACCUUUCAGUCUGACAUGUUACUAUGGGUUGUUGAGUAACCUAUCAGUCUGACACAUGUUUCUAUGGGUUGUUGAGUAACCUUUCAGUCUGACAUGUUACUAUGGGUUAUUGAGUAACCUGUUAGUCUGACACAUUACUAUGGGUUAUUGAGUAACCUAUCAGUCUUGACACAUGCUACUCUGGGUUAUUGAGUAACCUGUUAGUCUGACACAUGCUACUCUGGGUUAUUGAGUAACCCAUUAGUCUCACACACGUUACUAGGGUUAUAACCUACUGGUACAUCUCCUGUACAGAUGUGCCUGGUAUAUAUUUUUCACUGUGAGAGUAAGUGAGCUAUUGUGAGGUAUGUGGAGUGACUGUACAUCACACACUGUAGCGCCAUCUAGAGGAUGGCUGACAUGUAAAUUAAAAACCAUGUAAAAUAA